AUGGCGCUUGAUGUGCCGUUUAAGGAGCAGUUCUGUUGCAUCUGUCUGGACAUCUACACCGAGCCUGCCUCCAUCCCUUGUGGACACACCUUUUGUCUGGACUGCAUCGACAGCUUCUGGGACACUAAGACCAAGGCUGAGUGUCCACUGUGCAAAGAGACAUUCAGAAAGCGUCCACAACUCAGGAUCAACCAAGGAUAUAAAAAAAUCAUUGAUUUAUUUAAAAGGUCUCAGGAGGAGAAUGUUGACAAUGUGGGAAGCAGGAAAACUUCCCCAAUCCCACUUUUUGAGCCUGAAGAGAUUCCCUGUGACAUCUGCCAUGGAGACAAAUCUCAGUCAGUCAAGUCUCCAUCAGUCAAGUCGUGCCUCGUGUGCCAGGCGUCUUAUUGUGAACUUCACCUCACACCACACCUGAGGGAUCCAGCGCUGCACAGACACCAACUUACUGAUCCGGCCACCUUCGCCACCAGUCACCUCUGCAGAAAGCACCACAAGCCGCUGACAAUGUUCUGCAAGAAGGACCAGAAGCCUGUUUGUGGUCAAUGCACAGAGAGGGAACACAAACGCCACAAGACCGUCCCCAUGGAGAAGGAGAACAAGAGGAUCAAUAUUUGUUUAAGGGAGAUGAUAUCCAGCAUUCAACCGAUGGUCCACGCCAGAUUGAGAAAAGUGAAUGAAAUACAAAAUUCAGUGUCUCUAAGCAAACAAAUCACAGAGAGGGAGAUAGAGAGCAGCGCCCAGAUCUGCAGCAUGCUGAUAAGCGUCAUCGAGAGACAGCAUGCCGGGCUGGUCGAGGAGCUGGAGAAGAGGCAGCAAGAAGCUGAGAGGAGAUCCGAGGAGCUGUUCCAGGAGCUGGAGGAGGAACUCAAUGAUCUGCAGAUGAGGAGCAGCGAGCUGCAGCACCUGGAGCACACUCAGAACCCUGUUCACCUCGUACAGAGUUUCCCGUCUCUAAGGCGACUCCCUCAAACUAGAGAGUGGUCUGAGGUCGCAGUCCACUCAGAUAACUGCAUGGGGGUGGUGAUGAGAGCUGUCUCCAAGCUUGGAGACAUCUGCCAGGAAAUUGCCAACAAACAGAAGUUCUGCAGAAGAAGCAGACAAGAUGGAUCAAUAUGCAGUCAAUGUCACUCUGGAUCCUGAGACUGCUUCAGGCUGGCUGGUCCUGUCUCCAGACAGAAAGAAGGUGAGCGUCAGCAGCAAGAAGAACAAUUCUCCACUCCCACACAGUCCUCAGCGCUUUGACUCUCUCAGACGCGUCUGUGUUUUGGGGAAACAAAGCUUUGCAUCUGGAAGACGUUACUGGGUUGUUGAGGUGAGAAGCUCAGAAACAAGAAAACACACUUUAAGCUAGCUGUGUAUUUAUACAAAUCAAUUUUUCCGAUAAGACCAGCAGGAUACAGGAAAUUACAUUUUUUGUCUAAAAAAGAAAUGUGACUCUGUACUUGCCUUUGGUCGUUGUAGUGUGUGCACAAAUUGGUAGUUUUUCACCUUUAACAUAAAUAGGAGUCAAGCAAUUUAAAUCAGUUUCAACAGGCACAUAUUUACUCUGUUUGUAUUUCAAGCUCUUCUUUACUGUAUUUUUCAGUUGAGACAUUACCAACAUGACAUUAUUU